AGGCCCGCCUCCCGGCCCUUGGCAACUGCGCCUCCCUCCCAGCCCUGCAUUGGGGAAACGGUGACCAAGCAGGUGCGGGGUGUCGCUUCCUUCUCCCCCAAAAGUCCCCUGAAAACCGAAAAAGGAGGAGUUGGAGGAGGAGGAGGCGAAGGAGAGGGCGCGGCCUGAGGCGCCUCCUGGGAGGGCGAGCGCGCGGCCGCCAUGCCAAGAGGUCGGCUUCGGGCGCGAGGCGGUUCCUGAGCGCGGGGAAGGCCAGGCCUCUCUCUCUCCCUUUGGGGGUCUUGUCAAGUUGCUCUUGUGGAGUUUUACUUCAAGAAUGGAAUUCUGUGAAGAUGGGAAAUAAUUUUUGUCACAAAUAUUGUUCCAUUUCCCUCUGUAGCUUCAGAAUUCAGCUGUGACGUUUUUGACCACUAAUAGAAUAAGAUACCCUCUGGCAUGGAGCUGGAGGUCAACGAGCAACCUGUUGUUAUGAGAGACGACAACAAACGGAGGAGAAGGAGGAUGAAGCCAUAUUGUACAGCCAGCAGUUUAUCUGCAUCAGAACUGAUAACCAUUGAAUUUGUUCUACCCACAAGCAACAUGUUAAUAGAUAUAGCCAGCAACUGUACUGUAGAACAGAUGAAAGCACAAAUUUGGAUGCGGGCAAUAGAGCGGAAUCAAAACUCGGACUACUACCAUACAUUCACACCAGAUCAAUUUGUUCUUCAGUAUCAAAAGAAGGGUCAAUGGUAUGAAAUUUAUGACAAACAUCAAAUAAUACAGACACUAGACUGCAUAUUGUAUUGGAAAGUGUUGCAAAAGAAAAUUGGCAAAAUUCACGUGAUCCAAAAGCAAAAGCCCACAAAGGAAGUUCAGGAGUUUCAAAAGCAACUCAAUUAUUUGAUUGGCUAUGAUGUCACUGAUAUAAGUAAUGUGCAUGAUGACGAACUGGAAUUUGCUCGCCGCAGAUUAGUCACUCCACGAACAAUUGAAGUAUCCUGCAGAGAUCCAAAAUUAUAUUCACUGCACCCUUGGACUACAUACAAACCUCUUCCAGAUUAUAUGCUUAGUAGAAUUAUCAAUAAUAACAUUUUCAUAAACAUCCAUAGAGGAACAACUAGCCAGAAGGUUAAAGUGGCCAUUGAUGACACUCCAGAAAUGAUCCUUCAGAGCUUUUUCACAAAAAUGGCAAAGAAAAAAUCUUUGAUGAAUAUUCCUGAAGAUCACAACGAGCUGGACUUUGUCCUUAGAGUGAGUGGCAGAGAUGAAUAUAUUGUAGGCGAGACACCGAUUAGAAAUUUCCAUUGGAUAAGACAGUGUCUGAAAAAUGGGGAGGAAAUUCACCUUGUCCUGGAUGACCCCCCAGACCCAAAUCAGGAUGAAGUGCAGAAAGAGGAAUGGCCCUUGGUGGAUGACUGCACCGGAGUCUCAGGAUAUCACGAACAGUUGACAAUAGAUGGCAAAGAUCAUGAGCGGGUAUUCACUAUAUCAUUGUGGGACUGCAAUAGGAAAUUCCGUGUCAAGAUAAUUGGCAUUGAUAUCCCUGUGCUACCAAGAAACACAGACCUUACUGUAUUUGUUGAGGCGAAUAUUCAACAUGGGCAGCAGCUGCUUUCACAGAAAAGAACGACUGCUAAACCAUUUACUGAAGAAGUCCUGUGGAAUAUCUGGCUUGAGUUUGAUAUCAAGAUUAAAGAUUUGCCUAAGGGUGCAUUACUGACUCUGCAGGUAUAUUGUGGCAAAGCACCAGCAUCGUCCACUAAGGCUAAUCUCCAGCCACAUGAUUCCCCCAGUCCCGAUUCUAAGUGUAAAACCCAGCUACUCUAUUAUGUCAAUAUUUUGCUGAUAGACCACCGCUCCCUUCUUCGGACUGGGGAUUACGUUCUCCAUAUGUGGAAAAUUUCUGGCAAAGGGGAAGAGCAGGGGAGCAUAAAUGCUGAUAAGCUUACCUCAGCCACUAAUCCAGAUAAAGAGAACUCAAUGGCUAUCUCAAUUGUUUUGGACAAGUAUUGCCACCCAGUUGCUUUGCCCAAACACAAAAUUGCAACUGAUCUGCAAGGAGACCGGGCCAGAGCUGAAAUGCCUAACCAACUGCGCAAACAGCUUGAAGAGAUCAUAGCCACCGAUCUGCUUAAUCCACUUACCCCUGAAGACAAAGAAUUACUGUGGCAUUUCAGAUAUGAAAGCAUAAAGCAUCCAAAGGCAUAUCCUAAGCUACUUAGCUCAGUGAAAUGGGGACAACAAGAAGUAGUAACAGAAACAUACCAAUUACUAGCUAAAAAAGAUGCAUGGGAUCUCAGCACUUUGGAUGUUGGAUUACCAAUGCAACUCUUAGAUUGUAACUUUUCAGAUGAAAAUGUGAGAGCCAUGGCAGUGCAAAAACUAGAAAGUUUGGAUGAUGAUGAUGUUCUUCAUUAUCUCUUGCAACUAGUUCAGGCUGUGAAAUUUGAGCCUUAUCAUGACAGUGCGUUAGCCCGAUUCCUUCUAAAAAGAGGUUUAAGAAACAAAAGAAUUGGGCACUUUUUAUUCUGGUUUUUAAGAAGUGAGAUUGCACAGUCCAUGCACUAUCAGCAGAGAUUUGCUGUGAUCCUAGAAGCUUAUUUGAGAGGCUGUGGGAAAGCAAUGCUACAAGAUUUCCUGAAACAGGUUCAAGUAAUUGAACUGUUGCAAAAAGUGACAAUGGAGAUAAAGGCACUUUCUGCAGAAAAGUAUGAUAUCACCCCUCAAGUAAUUACACAGCUCAAACAAAAGCUUGAGAAACUGCAGGACAGCAGGUUUCCUGAAUGCUUCAGAGUUCCAUAUGACCCUGGACUGAUAGCAGGAGCACUGGUGAUAGAAAAAUGUAAAGUAAUGGCAUCCAAGAAAAAACCUCUUUGGCUAGAAUUCAAAUGUGCAGAUCCUACAUCACUAUCAAAUGAAACUAUUGGCAUAAUCUUCAAACAUGGAGAUGAUCUGCGGCAGGACAUGCUUAUUUUACAGAUACUUCGGAUAAUGGAGUCCAUCUGGGAAGAAGAAUCCUUGGAUUUAUGUCUGUUGCCAUACGGCUGCAUUUCUACAGGGAAUAAAAUAGGAAUGAUAGAAAUUGUAAAAGAUGCUACAACAAUUGCCAAAAUCCAGCAAAGCACAGUUGGAAACACUGGUGCAUUUAAAGAUGAAAUAUUAAACCAAUGGCUCAAAGAGAAAUGUGUAAUUGAAGAAAAGUUUCAGACAGCAGUGGAAAGAUUUGUGUACUCCUGUGCUGGUUACUGUGUGGCAACCUUUGUACUUGGAAUAGGAGACAGACAUAAUGACAAUAUUAUGAUUACAGAAGCAGGUAAUCUAUUUCACAUUGACUUUGGUCAUAUUCUUGGAAAUUACAAAAGCUUCCUUGGAAUCAAUAAGGAACGGGUUCCUUUUGUAUUGACGCCAGAUUUUCUUUUUGUGAUGGGAACCUCUGGAAAGAAAACCAGUCCACGCUUUCAAAAUUUUCAGGAUAUCUGUGUGAGGGCUUACCUUGCACUUCGGAAGCACACGAACCUCCUCAUCAUCCUGUUUUCUAUGAUGCUAAUGACUGGAAUGCCUCAGCUGACUAGCAAAGAAGACAUUGAAUAUAUCCGUGAUGCUCUGACUGUUGGUAAAAAUGAAGAAGAUGCUAAAAAGUAUUUCCUAGAUCAGAUUGAAGUAUGUAGGGAUAAAGGCUGGACUGUGCAGUUCAAUUGGUUCAUACAUCUUGUGCUGGGAAUUAAACAAGGAGUAGAAAAACACUCUGCAUAAUGAAGAUGUAUACAAACAACUAGUGGGGUAAUCCUUUGCUUUUUCUAAUGGUUCUCAACAGGAAUGGUUGAAAAUGCUUCUAUGGAUUAUUCCCCCUGCUGAAGCCAUAACUUUACAAAAAAAAAACAAACUUCUUAUGGAGAAUGGCAGUACAGUACAAUGUUGAUAGAUGAGAGCUUUACUGUGCCAGCUUUUUCUCUCUCUCGGUGCCACAAAUAUUUAAUAAAUUAUUGAUAGAAUUAAGAUGACAGCACUGAAGUAGAAGCACCAUGUUCUUUCCCACUCUGUUUGUUAAAAAUAUGAUGGAUUCCUUAAAAAAGGUAGAAAGGUUUCUUGAAAACUAUUGGGCAUUCAGAAUACUUUAAAGCAAUAUUUUUUUUCUAUUUCACCUUAAGCCAUUUAAUUCUUUUAAGGCCUUCAGUUGUAAAUUGUUCCCUUUAUUGUAGCUUUAACAUGUUUUCUCUGUUUGUAAUACUGGCAAAACACUCUUUCUGUAUUGUAGAGAACAUGUUAUGGUUAUGCCAUUGUAAAUGAAUAGAUCAUAUGUAUUGUUGAAUUGUGUGUUAUAUGCAGUUUGGGCAUAGCUAAUUAAUCUCUGAAAGCCAAAGUACAUAGGCCAUUCUGAUGGCAAGUGGUUCAGAUAAUCCCUUCGUCCUUUGAAGAUGAAGGAGCAUAUUGUAAGAGCCAAUUUACAUCUAGGGCAAAAUUAAAUCACUUGGAUAUAAGUAGAUCCUUGUGGCAGUGAUCAUCAUAUGUGGAAUAUCACUUUGUGCGUCCUCUGCUGCUGCAUAUGCAAAAACAGUGAUGGGAAGCUCUGUACAACUAUUUCCACACUUCUAAUAGAAGUGAAAUAAAUUUGGGAAAGACUUUACCAAUAUAUUAUUUUUCAAAAGUGUCGUAAUUUUUAGUAUGAAGAUAAUCUCCCAUGAUGAAAUGAAAAAUACUAUUCCUUAAAAAAAUGAAUUCAGAAAAAAUAUUGACACUUUUGAAAUAUAAUAUAUUGGUAAAUAUAAUAUAUUGGCGAGCUCAAUGACAUAGUACUCAGCUUUUAAAAGCUUUAUAGUAAUGGUACUGUCCUAUAAAGAAGUGCUAUUUAAGAGCUUCUGUUUUUUAAGCAAAUGUUUGAAAAUCGUUAACACUUAUAUAUUUCCUUUGUACCAGUUUUCUAAGUUUUCAAAUAUAUACUAGUGCCAUAAUCUAGAAAACUACUUUGGAUAUGCCCAAAAUAUGCUUGUAUAUUUGUGUAACCUUUGACUCAGCAUCUCCCACCAUUAUUUGAAAAUGCUUUUACGUUCUCCUGAUUUGUAAAAGGACCCUGCUUUGCAGUUAGUAAAGUUGUACAUAUUUAUCUGAUCAUAUCAUUUUCUAGUUUGUGGCAAAAAUCAAGAAACCCUCUACAUUUUUAUGGCAGUUGGUUUUUAACUUUUUAUUUUUACUAUUUUAAAAACAAAAUAAUUUUUUUUUUUUAAAUUGAACAAGUAUUUAAUAUCUCACCAUGAUAGGAACUAGAGAGACAAUAUAUUCAUGAUACUGCAUAUAUUAACUAUACUUGGUUUAUUAACUAGAUUAAUCUUAAUUGGGAGGUUAUAAUUUAGUUUUCAACCAUGAAAUCAUUGCUGAUAGUACCAGCAAUAACCUUAAUCCAGUGGCAACACCCAGCUAGAGUAUACUCAGUAAAUUAAUGAGAACUUGAUAAAUAAACACUUACAUAACCUCUGUUGAUUCAUGAGGCGUCUUCUAAUUGGUUUUAACAAUUGGAUUUAGGCCUUGAGUGCUAAUGCUUAUAUUGUAUAUGUCUGUAAAUAUCUUAAAAACAAACACAAAUUGCAUGUACAGGAGAAUGAACUGUUUCGCACAGACGAGACAGACAAAAUCAAUUGGAAGAAAUAGGUCACAGCUUUGGUUAUAGCUGAUAAGGUUGGCACAUGCAUGAAUCUGAAUUGGCACCAACCAACCCACCACAUAUCUCAUACAUUUGGAUGGCCUGAGAUGGUCCAGCUGUGCAUCUCCCCAGUGUGGUUUUGCCACCAACAGAGAAUAUAGGGAAAGUUUAUAUUCCCCCAGCUGGACAGGACCAGUUCCAUACCCCACAGUCCCGAGUUCCUUAAGUAGACCCUCAUACGGUUGUAGAUGAAUCUUGGCUAUCCAAAGACAUACACACAUACAUAUAACAAUAAUCUUAAACAUAAGGAGGAAGGGUGGAACAAAGCUUGGACAGAAUUGGGUCUCAUAAGGCACAGGCUCCUUAAUUUAUGCCCAAUUAUCCAACUGGAGUGAAAUCUUUCCCUCCAAGUCACUCUGGCUUGGUAAUAAGAACCUGCCAAGCUAACGGAAACUGAGCAGUUUCAAAUUUAUUGGCUGACACACUGAAAAAUGCAAAUGGGGGCUUCUUGGGCAGCAGAGCCUCUUGGGAAGGAGGCCCUGGACCCAGCUUAACAUGACAGCCACAUUCUAUGCUCCUGGCCCCUAACCACAACCUGGGCAUUGUGUUUGUUGAAAGUUAUGCUUAUGUGCAGCCCCUUUUUUGGGUUGCUGUGGAGAAAGGAAUUCAUUACCCUCUUCACACAAUAACCAGGACUCACUUUCAUUGUGAGCCAGAGUCAAUUAGUAGUUAGCAAAGAGUGGGAGUUUCUAAGGAAGCAUCUUCCUAUGCUCUUAUUGCCAGAUGCAGAAUGACGGAUCUUGCAGGGCCUCUGACAUUGUUAUGUGGCUGGCCCUGGACCCAAAGCCGGGCACUUCUUCCAUACUCUUGCUCCCAAUUGCCACUAAAUGAAGACGAGUUCCGCAGAAGUAGAUUGGGAAAGUAUAUCAUGGUUCUACCUGGGUGGACAUUUCUAGUGUGUCUCUCAGUGCAGAAGCUUGGCCAUUUGUAUCCAUAUGUUCUGUGAGCAGCAGUUCAUAAACGAAAAAUCACAUCAAAAAUGAAGCUCACCUCAAAAAUGAAGCUCCCUAGAUUCCUUGAUUUUAAAUAACUACCAGCCAAUUUCUAACCUCCCCUUUUUGGGCAUGGUUCUGGAGCGGGUGGUCGCCUCCCAACUCUAGGGAUUCUUGGACAACACCAAUUAUCUAGAUCCAUUGCAGUCUGGUUUUAGGCCUGGACAUGGUAUGGAUAUGGCUUUGGUCGUCUUGGCGGAUGACCUCCGAAGAGAACUUGACAGGGGGAGUGUGUCCCUGUUGGUUCUCCUGGAUAUCUCAGUGGCUUUUGAUACCAUCGACUAUGGUAUCCUUCUAAGGUGGCUCUCUGGAAUGGGUCUUGGGGGCAUUGCUUUGCAGUGGCUCCACUCUUUCCUUGAGGUCGCUCCCAGUUGGUGAAGCUGGGGGAUUCCUGCUCGGACCGUGGCCUUUGACCUGUGGGGUCCCUCAGGGCUCCAUUCUAUCCCCCAUGCUUUUCAAUAACUACAUGAAACCACUGGGCGAGGUCAUCCAGAGUUUUGGAGUUGGGUGCCAUCUCUAUGCAGAUGACACCCAACUCUACUACUAAUUUCCACCUAAUUCCAAGGAAGCCUCCCAGACCCUGAACCAGUGUCUGACAGCUGUGGUAGACUGGAUGAGGGCUAACAGGUUAAUCCAGACAAGACAGAGGCCCUCCUCUCGUUCCCACCACUGUCACAAUCACAGUUGGUGGGGACGAGAGAGAGAGAGGGCCUUCUCGGUGGUGGCCCCCCACCUCUGGAACGGCCUUCCAAGGGAAAUAAGACAUGCCCCAUCCCUCCCCUCUUUUCGUAAGAGUUUGAAGACUUGGUGGUUUCAGCAAAUCUUUGAGAGUGACCAGUGUUAGCUCAGCCCAGACACUGUCCGGACACGACCUGUUACUGUUAUUUUUUAUUUUGUUUUGAUCAUGUUGUGACUCUGUAUGUUUUAAUGUUGUUUAGAAACCGCCCUGAGUCCCCCCCGGGGAGAUAGAGUGGUAUAUAGAUAAAGAUUAUUAUUAUUAUUAUUAUUAUUAUUAUUAUUAUUAUUAUUAUUAUUAUAAAUUGUUCCAUGUUAGUCCAAGUAACUCUGCAUUCUAUUUUUCAAGAAAAAAAUCUAUAUAGAAUUCCAAAAUUUUCCAUGUACUGUAAUAGUGUAGGGACUUCCUAACAAUUUCUUUGUCUUUUAUUAAGCUGUUUUCAUGCUUCACCUGUCCAAUAGAAAAGCCAGAAUACUAAAGUUGAGUAAAAAAGCAUUUUCUAAGACUCUUGCUUGAAUGAAUUCAAAAGAUAAAUCAUUUGUACAGUAUUUGUAACCUUAAUUUUAAAAAUGAUGUAUUCUAAUUUUGAAGGAAAUUGUGUAGAUGAUUAAUAAAACGUUAUUAAAGUAUACUCAUACA